AUGAGCCAUUUUCAAUUAUUCCCUCCACCUUCGCCGGUGAGGGGGAACAAGAAUCCAUUUCGAAAGGGCGCCAAAAAGCUUACAGUGCAAGUCGAACCUGGGUCUCCAAUUGCUCUCGAUGAGUUGAAAGACUCUACCAAAACCGAGGCUGUAAUCCUCCAAAUCAUUGAAGAUACUCAGUCUUUUCCACCACCUCCAUCACGAUCACCUCUUGCGCGAAACAAGUCUCCAGCAGCAAAAGAAGCGUCGCCUCACCCCGCAUCCCCUCGGUCUCCGCGCAAUUGGAGCCGGCCUUCCAAGUCAAAUCAGCCCUUGCCUUCACAAAGCCCCAGCAAUACUAGCAGUAGCAGCAGGACCGCAUCUUCGGCUGUAUCACCACAAUCUUCACAGUCAUCGGCAUCGCCGGUCCCAAUGAGAUCAAUGUUCCCUCAGUUCAAUCCCAAUCUACCACUUGAUAAGCAGAACUUUACUCUCCCAGUACCUGCACAGGCCCCAACUGCAAAGCCUCGCAGACCUCAACUCACGCUUUCACCGCCAUCUUCAGAUAUUGAUCAGGCCUUGGGGCCUAAGACAGUCCCUGCAAGCGUUUUGAACUUCCCCACUGGGGUGUUAGAGCCGGAGGAGAUACGCUACUCGACGCCGCAAGAGUUGGAGUUGUUAUGGGAGGCUGCCAAUGGCCAACGAGCACAGAAUCUGUUUGGUACUUUCAACAUGCGCAUGACAAGAACUGGCCCGGCAACAUUUACCUUCGGCAACUCUCAACAACCGUUUUAUACGCUAGAGACGUACUCAAACGAUGAUCUAUCCAUUUCCCGCGGUGUUCCAUCCAAGCCUAACAGUAAUGUGCCUAUAAUGACAUUGAGUCUUGAGGAGCGCCGUCGUCGGGAGCACCCCAAUGAUGGACUCGUUGCACUUCUCUUCUCCCGGCUGGCCGCCAUGCUCGCCAUCGAACAGGCAGACGAAGUCAGCAAGGAGCACCGCCUUGCUGGAUCCGAGGCAGCCGAAGUUGAAAGCAAUGCGCUAAGACGAGCUGCAGCCCAAGAAUCCUGCCGUUUAUCAUGGAACCGUAACCUUCGGCUCUACGAGCUUCGGCAUCCUUCACUAUCGAAACGCGAACCCGCCGCCCUCGUGGGAGCCGCUGGUAUUCCUCUCUCCCCUGUGAGGACUCAAUCGUCAGGCAUUCUGCACAUUACCGUCUCCGAACCAUCUAGCGAUGCAUCGCCUCAUCAGCCACCCACGAUUAUUGUCACAGGGCCUGUCUCCUCCACGGCUAUGGCAGCAGCGCAGCAAGCCGCUACCGCGCGUACAUCGACAAUGCCUGUGACAGAUGCCGAUGAGCCGCUGGCGGCUCUAGAUUUCGCAACACGGACCCUAUCAAUAUCUCCGGCUGCCGUCAUUGCCACCAUUCCCUCGCUCUACGCGAUCGACUCUCUUGUCGCAGCCAUGCUUGCUGUCGCGGUAUCAGAUGAAGCCACCAACCCCAUCCUCGCGGACAUGUCCCUUGGGUCACCUCCGAUGGAGCCAGCGGUCAUCUCCCAUUCGAGCAACUCGACAAAUUUUAAUGGACCGUUGAUCACGACUCUGGCCGAACGUGAAGACUACGCCCAGAGCAUGUACCUGGCAGACCAAAUCGAAUCUGCAAAUGCCCAGGCCGAUUCCGCACCUAGGAGGAAAAGCUUCUUCAACGGCCCCGCGCCGCAAUCUCAUUCAAAGUCAAAGACAAAGAAGAAGAAUGAGAUUGUGGUCGAGGAAUUUGAUUUGGAAAAAUACGGUCGUUACGGACACUCGUCGUCACGGAAGGGAGAGAAAUUGCCCGGUAUUACUCGGAGUUUGUUGAAGGUCUUGUUCUUUGGAUUGAAUUUGCUUGUCAAGGCGUUGACCCUUCUGGUGAAGAUAUUGGCUUGGUUAUUGGUUAAUUCAACGCGUUGUGUGACCAGCGAGAAGUUCUGA